UGCACUGUGUCCCUCGGACACAGCAGAUCACCAAUCCACGGAAAGAGCCGAAGAUGUCGGCUCGGUCAUGUGAUCAGCUGUGUCCAAUCACAGCUGAUCACAUGUAAACAGGGAAAUGCUGGUUAUCAGCAUUUCUCUCCUCUCGAACUGUCAGAGGAGAGGAGAGCCAAUCAUCAGGGCACUGAUGAUCAGUGUGCCCUGAUGAUCUGUGUAGCCCCAGCAGCGCAACCUGUCAGUGUCCAUCAGUGCCACAUCAGUUCCACAUUUCAGUGCUCAUCAGUGCCACAUCAAUGCCACAUAUCAGUGCCCAUCUGAGCUGCCUUUCAGUGUCACCCAUAAGUGCCAGUCAGUGCCCCCUAUCAGUGCUGCCAAUCAGUGCCACAUAUCAGUG